UUGCUCCCCUCCCUUGCCAUCUCACCCGCAGCCAACGAUAUCAUCUGUUCUGGCUGCCAGGAUGCACGAAGACGCCUUGGCCAGAUGUCGAGGGGCCGACGCGUCCCGAUCCUCGACAUCCUCGCGUACAUUGCGACAACAGGCGGCUGCUAUCCUCAACUAGUCCAGCCGGUCCAGCCGGUCGCCCAACAGGCCGCGCUGUCAUCCGAGGAAGUGCCUGCGGGUGUCUUUGUUGCUGACCGGGCCUCGCUCGGCCUCGAUUGCCCUAAAUUUGGCCAUGCAGCCAUGUGGGGGCCGAUCCAACACGAGUUGGGAAUUCCCGGUUUUGACAGUCCCGCCUACAUGUGCUCGUGUUCCGGCACCACCCGUACGAACGUGGUAACUGCCACCGGCAGCAACCUCACAAUCUCUCGGCUGCCGCCCUGCACCGAGCAGAGGGCGUCGGGCGUGUGUCGUCGACAGGACCCAUCAUCUCUUGGACUGCGGUCCGGAGACGCUGAGCCCCUCACUCGUGAAUGGGUUCCACACGAUCUGCUGCUCUGCGUGCAUCAUGCACAGAUUUGUGGGCUUCCACCGCGGCCAGCAGACCAAUCUCGCAUGCCCAACGGAACCCGCCGUCACCAGCAAUGGGGUUACGGUGGAGGUGACGCCAUGAUCUCCCACUCGCCUAUCUAUUGUUGCAGUACCUCCAUUCCACAGAUCGAAGCUCGCCUGUUAUCAUCCCCUAGAUCCCCUCACAACUCAAAUCUCGAUCCGUCACUCAAGCAAUCGGGCCUGUACCCGUACUUGACGAAGAUGAAAAAUAAUGAUCUUCAGGGCCGACGCGACCGGCGCCAGCCCCUGCGCAAGUGCCUGAUCUUUAGGGGCGGCUGA